UUUGAAUUCUACCUCACCAGCUCACCUAAUGACUGUGUGGGCCGUCUCUAAUGUCUGCUUCUUCUUCACUUUCCUGUUUUCCUUUCAGCAGCUACUGUCAGUAGGGGAGAAGCCUUUGGACAUGAACCUUUACAGGAGUUUUGGAAAUCUUAUGGAACUUUGGGUAGCAGAACAAAACUCACAUCGGGAUUCGGAAUGGAUUGGGAACCAUGAUGGAGACUCCGCUGCAUCUUCACCAGACAUGGGGACAAAUCUUCGAACCGAUUCCGUGGACUCUGGAGUGGAGACGGCCAGUUCGGCCACGUCUUUCCCAGCGACUCCCAGCUCCAUGAUGAAAGACCUGGAUACUUUCAUCGUAGAGAGCGAGACAGACGGACAACACCAUCCUGUCUCACCCAUAGAGUCCCCUCUGCCGUCCUCCUCCUCCUCGCCACAUUUAGGUUCUGACAGAGCUCAUGGCAGAUCCACGCCGUUGCACCUGAAAGUGGAGAGAGCUCUUCAGAGAACCGAUCGAAAAUGCCAAAAGCAGAUGCCAAUUUCACCGGACGAGGUUCUGAAGAGACAGUGGUGGAUGUCAGCUCAACAAAAAAGGCCCACAGCGGACAGUAAGGGUCAAAGGUCGCAGAGUUUUGGAGUGAAGAGGAUAGGCGCUCCGUCCGUGCCGGCCAGGCACAUGUCAGAUUUGAGCAGAAGGCCGCUGUCGGUGAUCAACGACAGCCAGACGCUUCAGACCACUGUCGAGGACCCGGGAGGGGAAGAAAAAACAGGCCUGAGUCCGGCAUUCAGCUACUUGGAGCGUGUUUGCCAAAUUCUGGAGAGAGCUGCCAAAGAGCAGAUGAACAUCCGGUCCUCACAGAUGGAGAUGGAUUCGCUGCAGAGUCACGAAGGCAUGCAGGUUAACCAGGCUGCACACGCCUCGUGUCAGCUUGACGUUCAGGCCGCUGAGGAAGAACUAGAGGCUUGCCGAAGGCUCCAAACUGAAGGGUGCGACCAAUCUGGCAGCGAACCACAGAAACUCAAGCACAACUUUGAUGAACAGAUCCGGAAACGAUCCUUUUCUGACGCAAGUGUUGCGACACUUCACCUAAGAAAACUGAACUCGGACAGUAGAGGGCAGCAUCAGAGCAUCGAUCAUCUUCCUGAAGAGGAAGGGGGUCAGAAGAAGGAGCAGGCUGGGUUCAAAAAGAACUGGAAGUUGAAAAUCACGUCCCUGACAAGAGGAGAUCCGGUGGCCAAAGCGCUGAAGAGCCACGGGAGUGUGUCUUCUGAGAGAGUCUCGCCACGACGGAGACUGAGCCAGCUGUUCAGGAAGACCAGGAGAACUGUGCCCGCAUGAAUGAUCCUACUGUGAGCGCCAUGUUUGGAUUCAUGUUUGGGCAACACACGAGACCCUACAGCUCAGGGACUGUGUUUCAACCUGUACAUUUUUAUUCAUGCAGCAAGAGAUUUCUUUUAUACAUUUUCUAAAUAAAAAAAAAAAAUGCCACUAAACUCGGUUUUUGAUGACAGUCAACAAAAUGACUCCCCCAAACGGUGAUGGACGACCUACACUACUCCAUCAAUACACACAAUCAUGAUCACAUUUACAAAUCUAAAGCAAUAGAUGAAGAAUGGGAUUAUUUACUGUGACUGUUCUCAGUUCUCCACCCUACUUGUUGAAAUGCUUUUUUGUCACAUAAUCAGAUGCUGUUUUAAAAAUGAAAUCAUAAUCGUUAUUAUAAAUGUAUUAUGUAUUUAUGUAUUCAAGUCUUGCUAUGAAUUAAAAAGAACCCCUUUUUGAACUAUUUUGUAAAACGUGUAAAUAAGAGUCAAAAAUGCAGAUGUAUAUGUCAUGUAAAUCUCAACAAGAGGAGACUGAAAUAGACAUUUCAUUUAUAUAUAUGUACAGUAUAGAAAUGGAUUAAAUUCAUUAUUUUGGACAAAAAAACUAAUACUUU